GACGCCGCGACUCGACCGAUCGACCGAGCGAGCGACCGAGACAUAAACCAUGGGCGUGUGUGGAUCAUCGCCCGCGGUGCCGAAUCCCGUGGGGAAAACCGCGCGACCGUCGAGCGUGCUCGGACGGGAAACGCCGGAUGUGAAUGAUUUAUUUGAGUUCCACGAAGAACUUGGACGCGGUCAGUUCGGGACGACGUUCUUGGUGACAGAAAAGGCGACCGGUCGUAAGUGCGCGUGCAAGGCUAUCUCUAAGCGUCAAUUGUCGAACGCCGAGGACAUUGAAGAGGUGAGAAAUGAAGUGAGAAUUCUUCAUCACCUCGCCGGUCACGAGCACGUCGUCGAACUCGUCGGUGCGUAUGAAGGAAGCAAGCACGUGUACAUCGUCAUGGAACUCUUGUCCGGCGGCGAAUUGUUCGAUCGCAUUGUUGAAAAGGGCAAGUACAGUGAAAAGGACGCGUCCGAGACGGUGCGCACCAUCGUUGAAACUGUUCAAUACUGCCACGAGUUGAGCGUCAUGCACCGUGAUUUGAAGCCUGAAAAUUUUGUCUUGAAGAAUAAGGAUAAGAAUUCUCCGGUCUGCGCUAUCGAUUUCGGUUUAUCUACGUUCUUCCGCGAGAACCAAGUCUUCAUGGAUCUUGUCGGGAGCCCGUACUACGUUGCGCCGGAAGUAUUGCGUCGUCGAUACUCAAACGAAUCCGACGUCUGGUCAUGCGGUAUCAUCCUUUACAUUCUCUUGUCUGGUGUCCCGCCGUUCUGGGCUCAAACCGAGCAAGGAAUUUUCGACGCCAUCUUGCAAGGCGCACUGGAUCUCGAGAGCGACCCAUGGCCGAAGAUCAGUGCGGAGGCGAAAGAACUCAUCUCUGGCAUGCUCCAAGCGGACCCGAAGAAGCGCCUGACGGCGGCUCAAGUGUUGAAACACCCGUGGGUGGCUGAUCCGAACGUUGCGCCGAAGACAAAGCUAGACAACGUCGUGUUCAAGCGGUUCAAGAACUUUGCUGGUAUUUCCAAGUUCAAGAGGAUGGGUUUGAUGGCGAUGGCUCGCACCAUGACUGCGGACGAAGUCGCUGGCUUGAGAGAACUCUUCAAGAGCUUCGAUACCGACAACUCUGGUACGAUUUCCAUCGACGAACUUCGCCAAGGCUUGAAACUCAAGUCUGCGGGUCCCGCAAUGGAGGAACUCCGCACACUCAUGAAGACUAUUGACGUCGAUGGCAGCGGCGAACUUGACUACGAAGAGUUCAUUGCCGCUACGCUCGCGCAAUCGAGACAAGCGUCCGACGCCGCUGUGAGACGCGCUUUUGAUUACUUUGAUACCGAUGGGGAUGGUUCCAUCACGGUGCAAGAAUUUGAACAAGCCUUCAAAAAGAUGUCUGAUGUUGAGCGUGCCAACUUGGGAGACAUUGGCGAGUUGAUUGCCAGCGCCGACACUGACGGUGAUGGUUGCAUCGAUUUCAACGAGUUUAUGGCUAUGAUGAAAGCGGACAAGUAGGCUGCGCGCGCUUCGCUGGGCCGUAUUUAAUACUGCCGGUACU